AUGGUUCAAUUGGAUUCUCUAGCAGGUCUGGAAGACUACACGGGAGUGUUCAAGAUAGUGAACCUACUUGUUGCCGGACUUUCGUGUUUAGCAGGACUUUUACAACUUUUCAGCAGUUUCCAUGGAUUUAUUGCUGCUUUAUAUGUGAUUGUAUUUGGGGCAAUAAUUGGAGGCCUUGAAUUCAGAGUACCACCAGAGACUCAAACAUAUGGAUCCUUUCUCUUCUCCUUUGCUGGCAGAGGUGUUUUCUACACCGUAGUUGCCCUUCUUAUCAAUGGCUCAGGUGUGUUCCGUAUAGUAGCUAGCACAUUAGUGUUUAUAGUUGGUAUUGGUUAUAUUGCGUUAGAAUUUGUUCCUAGCAUAUCUCCUCCGGAUAACAUGACUACAGAAGGAUUGGCUGUGGGUGCCAAUGAUGACGAUGUUAUAUAA